AUGGAGAACAAGUCAUCUAAACCUUUGGUUUAUAUGACACGUAAAGAGUGUUUUAGUUCAGCUCAUCGUCUGAAUAAUAGAUCAAUUGAUGACAAAACCAAUUGUCAGAUAUUUGGCAAAUGUAAUGCAAUUCAUGGACAUAACUAUACUAUUGAAGUGACUGUCAAAGGUGUGGUCGAUGUCACCACUGGUAUGGUAUUAGAUAUGACUGUCAUUAAAGAUAUUAUAUCGGAAACGGUGUUGAAAUCAUUAGAUCAUAAAUUUAUUGACGAAGACGUGCCUUAUUUUAGAGACAACCAAAUAGUGAGUACAUCUGAAAACAUAUCGAUUUAUAUUUGGAAAGUUAUCGCCGAAAGAUUGCCAACAAAUGUUACAUUGGAUUCAAUUAAAUUGUUUGAAACCGACAAAAAUAUUGUUAUUUUUCGCGGACAGUUUGCCUAA